CAGGUGGAGCACCUGAAGCAAGGCGUGGACCAGAAGCUGCAGGGAGGGCAGGAGAAGCUGCAGCAGAUGUGGUUGGAGUGGAGCAAGAAGCAGCCAGGUGGUGGCAAGGACCAGGUGCCACCAGAGACAGUGGAGUCAGGCACACUGACCAUGCUGAAGGGUUUGACACAGCAGCUCCAGAGCUCCUGCCAGCCCUUGGUGUCCAGCCUGCAGGCUGCCACCUCCUUCCAGGACAUGACAGGCAGUGUGCUGGCCAGGGCCCGUGCCCAUGCCACCAAGGCUCGGCAGCUGAUGGAUGAGCUGGUGGAACAUGUGUCCUACAACACCCCCCUGACCUGGCUGGUGGGACCCUUCGCCCCAUCCCUGGAGCACGCGGUGGAUGUGGAGAUGAAGUGA